AUGUCCUCGCCCAAGGACAGCAAAAAUAAUCUUGCUGCUGUGCCAAAGCCCGAAGCCGAGCCCGUCAAGACAGAGUCCCCUCCAAAGCCCCAGUCUGCUACGACGGAAGCAGUCAGCACCGCCGACCCAAAGCCCGCAACAUCCAAUGCUCAGCCAUUGGCUCCUCCACCAAAGCCUGCCCCCGCAACCACUGGCGACACGCCCGAUUACUUCAACACGGUCCACAACCCCUUCUCGCUUGAGCCCAACGUCUUCGAGCAGUCCUUUGGUGGCGAGUCUGGAAACCUGCAGACCCCCGGCGGCCGUCCCAUUCUCCCACCUGUUGCCAACAUUACGUCACCGUCACCACUUCCGGGCAUCACACCUGGUUGGCAGGGCCUGCGCGCGGGACCCUUGAGCCCUGCUAUGCUCAGCGGACCGACUGGUCAAACGGAUUAUUUCAGCGAGUCAUUCCGAGGCUUCCCGACACCCAACGAGUCCUCGCUCCGCACUGGCCUAACGCCUGGAGGAGGUGGUUCCAUGUUCCCGGCCCCCAGCCCCAACACCCAAGCUAUUUUCAACCUCCAGAGCGCCGGUGUCACGCCUGGCACUGCCGAUUUCCAGCAGUCUGCCUUGCGCGCCGCUGCCCAGCACCAGGCCAACUCGUCGUCCAACGCCAAUAGCAACAACAAGGCCACGUCCAACGCCCCGACAUCCCAGCCUGAAGCCGCCACUGCAGGCAUGGAUCGCCAGCCCAACAGCUUCCAGCAGGCGCAACCGCCGCAGCAGCGUGCCCACAACGAGCCCUAUCCUAACCAUGACGUCAGCAGUGCGGCCAAUGAUCUCCUGUCCUUUGCAAGCCAAAACGGCGCUGCGCGCAACAACCAGCAGCCCUUCUCCAUGGCGCCUCAACAGCAGUCGAUGAAUGCUGGGCACAUGCCUGUCCAGCCUGUAAACGCCAACCACAACCGUCGCGACACAAAGGGCUCCAUCAAUAGCGUUCAAUCCGCAGAGACGGGAGACUUCUCCGAGAGUGGCCAGAGUGAGCAAGCCAAGACCGGCACACGGUCACGUGCGAAGAAGGGUGCUGCUAAUGGCAAACAAGCUGCGGGCAACAAGCGAAAGGCUGACGACGCUCCCAAGAGCGCGCGAAAGAAGAGCAACCCCAACCAAGGCAUGGGCGACGACAUGGACGAUGGCGAGUCGGACGAUGACAACAACAACAUCAAGGAGGAGGAGUACGACAGCAAGGGCCGCAAGAUGACGGACGAGGAGAAGCGCAAGAACUUCCUCGAGCGGAAUCGCGUUGCUGCCCUCAAGUGCCGACAACGCAAGAAGCAGUGGCUUGCCAAUCUCCAGGCCAAGGUUGAGCUCUUUAGCACCGAGAACGACGCUCUAUCUGCAACCGUCACUCAGCUUCGCGAGGAGAUUGUCAACCUCAAGACGCUACUCCUUGCCCACAAGGACUGCCCAGUAUCCCAGGCCCAAGGUCUCCACGGCGCGGCCAUGAAUAACUUCCUGGGGAGCGACAUUAACCACCAAAAUCCAUACGGCAUCGCUCAAAUGCAGCCUAACGGUGUCCACAUGAUGCCGAUGCAACAGGGGCAGAUGAUGAACCGGUUCGUAUAA